AUGAUAAUCGAUUUUUUCAACAAUAAUUAGAGAAUAUUACCAAAUAAGAGUUUUGAGGAGCUUUUCCCGUUGAGCAGUUUCAAAUCUUUGAUUAUUCAAUAACAACUUUUAAAGUAUUCAAAAAUUUUAGAAAUUUGCUAUAGAUAUUCUUCACAAUACCCAAUAAAGAAGUUUGUUAUGUUAAGAGGAGGAGGCUGUGGAUCAUCAAAAUCUAAAAAGAAUCUCGAUUCACAAUUACAAUAAGAUUAAAACUAUAUGAGUGCAUUAUAAUUACCUGAAAACUAUCUUACCAACCUUAAUAAUUAUCUAAAACUAAUAGUAGACGAAGCUUAACUCAUUUGUGAAACAACUAAGAGAAACGAGUAAAUGAAAAGGAUUUAAUGGUUUAUUCAUAACAGAGAAUACUUGAAUUAUUAUUGUAAUGACAAAAAAGAAGGAAGCAAAAUUUAUGAAUUAGUUAAGGCAAAUUUUGAAGGCUUAUUGACAGUACUUAUCACCUAUUUAAGGAAUUCUGGAUUUAUUUGUUAUUAAGUAUUAUAGAUUUGUAAUGAAUUAUUAAGAAUUAUUUAUAUUUUCUAAUUUAGGGAAUCUAAGAGAUUAUUAAAAAAUGAAGAUUAAUAGGAUUACAUUUAAAAGUUGUCAGAAUUUGAAACAUAAUUAGAAAUUGAAUAAGCUAAUGUUUGGAAAACAGGAUUAGAGUUCGAAAUUAAAAUAAUGAAAAUUAUGAUUAUGAAUUCAAAAACUGAUUCUACUGAAGGAAAUGAUGCAUUAAUCAAUUUCUUUAAGGAAGCAGGAAAAUCAAUCAUAGCAUUAUCACCAUCUGAGGAUUUGCUAUAGACAGUAAUGGAUGGUGGAAAGUAUUUAUUAAAAAAAGGAAUCGAAAAAAAAUUAUAUCCAAUUGAAACGUAUUAAAUUUAUUACUUAUUUUAAUUGAUUAAAUGGUCAAUUAUAAGACAACUGAAAUCCAAGUUAUCUAUAUACAAAUAAAUAUAGUAAUUAAAAGAUGUUUUUUAAUAAUAUAUAUUAGUGUCUGAUAAUUGGAUAUUACAUUUUAGUUGGAUAUAAAUGAUUAUGGAUGUCAUUGCCUAUCGACCUAUUAUAAAUAAAUCUAAUAUAUCAAAAAAUUAAUUAGAUUAAUAAUUUAUUAAAUGGAAUCUUCUUAUUGAAAACAAUUUGAUUUAUUAGGUUUCUUACAACAAGAAUUAGGCAAUUAUGAGUUUGUUUUAAGAUUAAGAAAAAUCAAUAUAUGAUAAUGAAUUAAUUAGUUUAUUGGAUGUCUAUUCUAAAAAGAAGUUUGUCCUAUUUUCCUAAUUUCUAUUAAAAGGAGAUCUAACUCAAAAUCUGAAUCUAUGGGAUCAUUAUAAAGACUUCUCAUUUAAAUAAUAAAAGGAUAAAAAAUAAUAAGAUUAUGAAAUUAUUCUAGCAAGUUAUGAAUUAGACAUAUUGUAAAAAUUAAUUAAUAAUAUCAAAUCUUAAAAAGAUGAAUUGUUUUCAAUUCAUUCUGAAAUUAUCUAGUCAUUUUAAACUUAUAUCAAAGAACCUACAUAAAUUUCAAUUUAAAUUAUUUAAGAUCAUCAAUAAGCCUCUUAAAAGCAAUUCUUAUAAACAUAUACAUAAUUAAUUAUUUUAACAAAUUACUUUAUAGAAUUGACAAAAUUUGAAAUUGCAAAACUGAACUUACUUAGUCCCUACUUAAAUUAAUUUGAGAACAAACCUAAAAUUUUAGAGGUACUUAAAGAAAAGAUAGUUAACUUUUAAUCGAAAGAACUUACUGAAUUUUUUAAUUAACUUUUAAAUUACUUCUAGGUUGCUAUUGAAUUUUCAAGCCUUGCAAAUGAAAUGAACUUAUUUUUAGAUUCCAAAAAUUAAGACAAUUUUAAGGUAAUAAAUGAUAAAGUUGAAAUUGAUAAAUUUUAAAAUAUUUUCACAACAUUUGAAAAUCAGUUUAAUUAAUUAUGUCUAAAUUUAACAACCUAUAAAGAAUAAUUUAUUAAAUCUAUUCAAUAGAAAGAAUAAAUUAAAUCUAUGGCAAUUCAAGUCGAAGAUUAGAAUAUUCUAUCAAUAAUUUCAUAUAAUAAAAAUGGAGAAUAAAGUAUAAAUAAAAAGUUACAAGAGAUCUUUAUGAAUAAUUAUAAAUUCUUCGAUUCUGAAUUAGUAACCCUGGAGAAUGUUUAAUCGAAUUUAAUUCAAUGUAGGCUCAUCAUUCUAACUUUAUAAUAUUUAAAAUAAUUCGCUAAUAUAUAAAGUCAAUACCUGAUGAUAAUAAAGCAAUAGCUAGAGAAUUACAAUAAUACUCCUAACUUAUCAACAGAAAAAGUGAGCUUAGAUAAUAAAUAAACAGUUUUUAAUAUUUUGAUUUUGCAACAAUAAAAAAUUAAAGCAUUGAUCAACGAAAAUAUUCAACAACCUGAUUAAUAGAUAAUUGAUGUUAACUUAAAAAGUUUGUUAUCUUAAAUAGAAUCUGAUUUCAUUUGUGUUAAAAGUUAAAGUGAAUUAGUACAAAAUUAAAACAAUGCUAUACUUAAAUUGUUUACAAAUGCUUAAUUCUUAUUUCUGUAAGUUUUGAAUAAAAAUGAAAAAUUACCAAUAUUAUAGGAUCUUUUGAAAGAUUAUGAGACAUAUAUUAAUGAUAUGAACCAAAGCUAUAAAUUAUCUAUUCAAGAGGUAAAUAAAUAUGAAGAUGUGAAUAACAAUAAGGAACCUUUUAAUUUAUUCGAUCAAUGUUUCAGUGAUAAUCAGAAAUUGAUCCAAAAUAUAAAGGAAACCAAAAAAUAUUAUAAAUAUUAUGAAAAACUAAUAAACUUUCAGUUAGAAUUGCUGCCCAAGUCAAUUAUAUAAGACUAAGUAAUAUCUGGAUAAGAUUAACAGAGAUAGGGGUAAGGUAGAUAACCAAUAGAAUUAAAUUAAGAAGAAAAACUUAAACUAAAUUAAAUGAGAGAGAAAUUUUUUAAUAAGAAUGUGAAAGAUUCAAUUGAAAAACUCAUAUCAAGCUUUAAUCCUUAAAGUGAAUAACAAAAUAGUUCUGAUUCUAUGGUUAAUCUAAAUUUUACACAAUUUUUGUAAUUCUUUUAUUCUCUCUCUAAUGCUGAAUAUAAAAAAGUAUUAAAGCCUGAUAAAAUUAAUGAUUCUAUUUGGUUGGAUAUUAAAAAUGCAUAUAAUGACACAAAAGAGAAGCUUCUUGAUUUAGUAGAUCUUAAACCUGAUUACAAAGUAAGAGAAGGAUUCGUCUACAACUUAAUAAGACUAUAACACAGUAUUUAAGAAUAAAAAGUUAAGGCUUUCUGUUGCAAGCAUCUACAAUACAUUUGGGUAUUUGAAAAGGAUCAAAGAGUUAGAAAUUUAUUGAAAAACAAGGAGCUAGUAGAAAUUUAGAAACAACUAUUUGCUUAAGAUAUAGAUAAUUUGUCAGGAUCAAUUAAGGAUGAGUUGAAAUAAAGAAUGUUAAAGUUAGAAAACUUACAAUAAGAGAUUAAACUUGAAGGAAAUUUAUAAAAAAGGGAGGAAUUAUAAAUUUAAUUGAAAAAGACGUAUGAUGAACUAGAUGAAUCUUUAGAUAAUAUAUCAGAAAUGUCAGAGGCCAUGGAUAUAAGUCUAGUAUUUUUGAAAGACAUAUCAAAGGAUGUAAAAUUGAUUAAAGCUUCAAUUGAUAAUUUAUAAGAAAGUAUAAAUUAAGUUGGUGAUGAUAUUCGUAAACUUAGAGGAAAGAGAUAUGAUGAACUAUUAGAAAUAAGAAAAUAAAAGAUAUUAUUAUAAUCCAAGCUAACUGAAGUGGAUUCAGUUUAUGUGUAAUUAACAACAAUAGAAUAUGAUCCAAUUAGUGGUGAGAUUGUUAAUUAUAAUAAUGAGGCAAAACUAACAAAAUUAAUGUGUGCUCAAUGGAACGCCUUUGAAGGAGAAGUGAAUGAAUUCAUUUGGGGAGAUAAAUAAAAGGAUGUUAUGUUAUUAUCAGGAAAUGCAGGUUCUGGUAAGAGUAAGGCAGCUAGAAAAAUAGAAGAAUUUAUUUGGAAAUAAAAAGGAGUUUAAUCAAAAUGGAUUCCGAUUUAUGUAUCACUCCCAACCUUAAAGAAUCCUAAAUUUAAUUUAUUUGAAUAGGCAUUAGAAACUGAAAACUAUUAAUUUGAUAAAUAUUAGGUAAAAGAAUUUAAAGAAGCCAUUUAGGCUAAGAAAGAAUUCAUUAUCCUUAUACUUGACAGUUAUGAUGAGAUGAAACAAGAUUGUAUCUAAUCAAAUCUAAUUUUGACAAAUAAAUUGAUAUAAGAAUUCAAUUCUCAGGAUAGAUAGAUGAAAGUAAUUAUAACAACAAGAAAAGAGAUACUCAAUACAGUUGGAUAUUAAACUUGGUUUUAUGGGGAAAGUCUCUAAUCUUUAAAGGAAGUUUAGUUAUAAAAUUUUAAUGAAGAAUAGUAAAAUGAAUAUUUGAAUUAAUACGUUGAGUUAAGUAUUAAAAGGAAAAUUAAGGAGAUUUAUGAGUUUGUUAAAUAAAUUGCUGGAUAAGGCUUUGAUUUGGAUGAAUUCCUAACAAUAUGGGGUUUGAUUUCAUCAUAUGUUAAAACUUGUAUUGAAAAUUCGAAGGGAAUGGAUGGAAUUUUUUAUAACAAUGCAGAAGAAUGGGUAAUAACAAAGAUAAAAACUCAUAAGACGCUUGAAAUCUUAAAAGAAGAAUAGACAACCACAUUGAGGAAAGAUUUAUUAGCUUUAUGGAGUGUGAACAAAUUUAAAUCAUCAAUUAAGAGUGUCAAUAUUGAAAAUUUAUUGACCACACCAUUCAUGCUGGAAAUUGUUGUUUAGGUUUUACCAAACAUGGCCAAGAAAUACUCAAGGUCAUAACAAAUGAAAGAGAUUUUUAUAUAGAACUAUUUAAAACUUAAAAAAUAAGUAAGAAUUUCUAAAAUAGCAAGAGAACAAUACCAGAAAGAAAAUUCAAAAUUCAAAAAUAUAGAAUAAUAAAACUUAACAAAUUUCGAUGAUGAAUACUAACCAGCAUAAGAAAAAGAAGAAGAAUAUUAAUUGAAAAUUGAGAAAACAAAAAUAAAUUAAAUUGUUGACAUGCUUGAUAAUGAGAACUUCUUCUCAAAAUACUCAAUUGUUAGUCAAUUAAAGCAAGAUGGUAAUGCUAUUAUUGUUGAUAAUACUUAAAUUAGAUUUGGUUCUAGUAAUGAUAUUAAUUUUGUAAUAAUGGCUUUAUAAAUGAAAAGGUUCACCGUUUUUGAAUUUUAUGAGAGUUUUAUUAAUUUUUAUCAUGAAUAAUAGACUCAAAAAUAAAGAGAACUUGGUAAAGUUUACAAUUAGGAUAGUUUUGCAUUUGACAUAUAUCAAUUCUCCUAUUCAUUGGCCAUAGAUAUGACUGUAAAAGAAUUAUCAUAAGUUGGGUAUAAGCCAUUAGGAAAACUUGAUCUAAAAAGCAACUAUAAAAUUCAAUAAGAAGCUGAUGAUUGUUUUAAGCAAUAUUUUGAUGUUGAAGAUGAGUACAAGAAAUUGAUUAGAAGCUGCAUUCUGUUAAGCGCUAAGGGAAGUACUUUUUCAUUUACACAUAAAUCAAUUCAAGAAUUCUUUGUGGCCAAAUACAUUUAUGAUUUCUUAUUAUCUUUGAAGAAAUUUGACAAAGAAAAUUUAGAGAAAAUUAAGGAAAUUUUACAAAAAUCAGUAUUUAAUAAUUAAUAAUUUAAUAUCUCCACUGAUAACUUUAGGGGUGCAAUCUAUUUUCUUAGAGAUUAAUUAAUCAAUGUUGAAAAUAUUAAUUCAAAAUUGAUUGAAAUAGUAAAGCUUUCAAAGGAUUAAGAUUCUUACAGCAGAGCUGCAUCAAAUAGCAUUUAUCUAUUAAGCUCAAUGAAUGUUUAUUUGGGAUCUCAAGACUUCAAUAGUAUAAAUUUAGCCAAUACUGAUAUCUCAGGGUUAAGUCUAUUUGAUUGUGAUUUAAGUAACUCCAACUUUUAAAAUGUUGAAAUCAAUUCAUGCAAUAUGAAUUUAGCUGAUUUGUCAAAUGUAAAAUGGACCAAUAUCAUUUGUAAGGAAAAACCUCAUUUACAGGGACAUAAAAAUGAAAUUUUAGAGGUACAAUUUUCACCCGAUGGCAAAUUUAUUGUAUCAAUAGAAUUUCAAGAAUAAACAAUUAAAUUAUGGGAUGCAGAAAAAUAUUCAUUCAUGAAAGAUUUAGAAGGUCAUACAAAUAAUGUGAAUUCACUUUCAUUUUGUUCAGAUUCUUCAAUCCUUUAUUCAGGGAGUGAUGAUUGCAAAAUCUUAAGAUGGGAUUUAAGCAACGCUUAGUAAAUUAAAAGUGAAGUAGUAGAAGUUAUGGAUAAUCAAGUUAAAAAAAUAAAAGUUUCUUAAGAUUCUAAAAAAUUAUAUAUAAUAGAUUCUGAAUAAUGUUUCUAAAUCCUAGAUUUAUCAAAAAAUGGUUAAACUCAAGAUUGUGUUUUUGAAAUUAAUCCAGAUGAUUAACUAGUAAGGUUUGCGUUACAUCCUAAAGAACCAAAAGUAGCAUUACUCCAUAACAACUAUUUAGAAUUAAGAGACUACGAAAAAAAUUAAUCAGUAAAGCUUGAAUGCAGUGCAGUCUAUAGAUGGGAAUAGUUCAGCAUAAUAUUUAGUGAUGAUGGGGAAUAUUUUGGAAUGUUUUCUUAAAAUGAAGUUAUUGUUUGGAAUCUAAAAUAAAAUGUAGAAUAACCUGAAAAAUAAUUAGUUUUCUAAUACGUUAUCAUUCUAAAUUCCCUUUAAUUUUCCUAAGAUAAUGAACUGAUCAUUUGCGGAUAGAAUUUUAUGUUUAGGAGUAUAAAAGAUUAAUUCAUAGGAAAGUAGAAAUGCACUGAAGCUUAAAUCUCUCCUAAAGGUGAUAAAGCUGCUAUUGCUUAUGAAAAUACACUUAGUUUAAUAAAUAUCAAUAAUUAAGAAUUGCUUUGUUAAAGAAAUUUUAGCGAUCUUCAACCUGGCAAUAUGCUUUUUUCAAAAGAUGGUUCCAAAUUGUCAUUAUUUUUAAACACUGAGGGUGUUAAGAAACAAUUUAUGAUUUUGGAUGUCUAUAAUAAGCUCACGAAUAUUUGUUUUAUACCAUUUUGGGACAUAUAUUGGAUUAGUUAUGUAUUAUCAAAUGAUUUUGAAACCCUUUAUGUUUCAUAUAACAAUUCAUCAAAAUUUCCUUACUAUAAUUUUAGCUCUUAUUAGUUGAUCGCAAACAUCAUUAAGAUAGACACUAAAAAAAUACAUAAAGAGAUAGAAAAUAAGAAAUACUCUAUAAGUAGCUAGAAGUUUUGUGCUUAAACUUAAAAAGGAGUCAUUGCUUACACUACAGAAGACAAUAAAAUGAUUCAAAUAUAUGAUUUGGAUAAAAAUUUAGAAAUAUAAAAUCCUACAUUAUGUUCAGAAAAAAAAAUCAAAGAUUUUCUAUUUUCACCAACUUAAAAUGAAUUAGCAAUUAUGUUUGAAGAUGAAUUAUAAUUUUGGAAUUUAGAUUCCAAGUCUUUUAAAGUUUAAAAUAAUGUUAAUUUAAUGGGUUAAGAUGUAAAAUCUAUCAAUUAUUCUCCAGAUGGCUCAUUAAUAGUAUUAAUAUUAGAAAAUUAGUUUUAAAUUUAUAAGGUUAAAAGUGAAGAACCGCCAAAGAUAUUUUAAUGCGAAGGAAAUACGAAUGUAUCAAUUUCAUUAGAGAAUGACAUAAUUGGCUACUAUUAAAAUGAAUAUUACAAAAAAAAUGUAAUUUUAAUAAAUACAAAAAACAAAUCUGAAUAAAAGAUUUUAGAAGGCCAUAAAGAAAGCAUAAUUGAAUUACGAUUUACUCGUGAUUAAAAGUCCUUAAUAACUGCGAGUCAAACAGAACUUAUAUAAUGGGAUCUAUCUACAUUUAAGAUCAAAGAUUAAAAACAAUUCUUUAUGAAGGGAAUUAAUUUAUAACUUUCAUAUCAUAAUGAAUUAAUUGCUUUAUUUUCAGAUCAUGUUGUAGAAUUGUGGAAGUAUUCAUAGGACCAAUUGAUAUUUAUUGCCUCUUAAUUUUUUGACUUUUUUAUUGGUUCAUUAAGCUUUCUAUAUGAUGGUUAUCAUAUCUUGAUUUAAAUAUAAAAUUAGGAAUUUUUGUUAUAUAGUUUGGAUACUUUUUAAUUUUAAUAAAUAUAUUCAAAAAGUUUUAAGAUAGGUACGAUAUCCACUAAUAAUUUAAUCGCCUUAGUUGAUAGUAAUUAUCAUAAUCUUUCAUUAUAUUAAAGUAAUUUAGAAAAGCCUGAACUUGAAAUAAGAAUGUAAGGAAAUAUUAUAAGUUAUUUGAAAUUUUUGGAGAAUAAAAAGAAUUUAAUAUUAUUUCAAGAGAGUUAAAAUAUUUAUAUCUAUGAUUAUAACAAAGAAGAAGAAGUAUAUCAAUUUAAAUUAUUUCUAUAUUAUGAUACGCCAUAAUUAUAACUAUAAGGUGAUUUAUUAAUAUCAGGCAAUGGCAAACACAUUACAUUUGUUAGUUUAAGUGAUUUGAGUAAAAUAGAGAUAUGUGGAUAUCACAAUGACAUUGAUUCGUUUUCUAUUUAACAUAACUAAGAAUUUGGUUUAGGAAUAAAAAAUGAACAAUUGAUUUUAAUAAAAGACUUAUUCAAUGUUUAAUUUGCAUUACCUAUAAAUUCAAAUGAUAACAUUAGAAAAGGAUUUGUGUCUAGCUAAAAUAACAUCUAUAUUGUUCAAGAAAAAUAAAUCUAGGUUUAAUGGAUGAAUACAAAAUAAAUACAUGAGUUUAAGGAAGAUAUCAGAGCUGCAGCUUAUUGCAAUGAAACUGACUAGAUAGCAAUCUGUACAUAAUCGCAACUUAUUUUACUUUAAUUUUAAAAAAAUAGUAUAAAUAUUGUCAGCAAAUUUGAUUUAUAAAUGGAAAUCUAUGAAUGCAAAUUGACUGUUACAAGUGAUGGGUCAGGAUUGACUUUAAAUAAAAAUUUAAUGAUAUAAUUAUUUUCCAUUACAAAAAAUUAAAAAAUCAUUUGCAGAGGAAUGUAUGAUAAGGUAUUUGUAAUAAAGGGUUCUUUAGAAUAUAGUAGAUAAUUAAGAUUUGCAUAACUAUUUUACAAACAUGGUACUUCUAAUAGUUAAUAACACCUCGCUAUCCUGGAUUAAGAUGUAAAUUUAUUCAGAAUUCUAAAUUUCAAAAGCUUAAAAUAAAUUGUAUAGAUUAAUUUUAGAUUAUCAUAUAAACAAUUACACUUUUAAUUAAGUCCAGAGGAAGAUACAAUAUUCUUUGUUUUGGAUGAUAAAGUGGUAUAUUCUCUGGACAUGAACAGUUUUGGUACAUAAAAGGUAAUGAGAUCUUACUAAAAUCUUAAUUUAAGUGUUAUUGAAAAGGAUUUUUUUGUGUAUGUAGAAUCUGAUAAAAUCGCAUAAUAUUAAGUUUCAACAAAAUCUUCUACUGAAAUUACAACAAUUGAAGAUAUAACUUAUUUUAAUUAUUUACCGUAAUAAUAGUUGCUAUCAAUUAGUACAAAGAAUAAUAAUAUAAUAUUUUGGGAUAUCAAGGCUAAAAAGAAUGUUGGAACUCUAAAGGGACAUCAAGAUACAAUCACAUGCUUGACAGUUUCACCAACUGAUGGAAUUCUCGCCUCUGCGAGUAAGGAUAGAUUAAUAAAACUUUGGGCUAUUAAGUAGAAUGAAUCCUUUGAGAUUCAACAAGCUCAUUCAAAUUCAUUAACUUCUAUUGCUUAUUCUUAAGAUGGUUAAUUACUUGCUUCUGCAUCUGAUACACCAAUAUUUCUUUGGGAUGUUGUUGAUAAAAAAUUGAUUACUCAACUAAAAAAACAUGAAACUUAGGUUUAAUGUUUGGAAUUCUCCCAUUGUUCUAAAUAUUUAGUGUCAGGAGAUAAAGAUGGAGUAAUAAUAUUUUGGAAUAUUGAAAUUCCUUAAGUAGCUAAGUUUGUUUAUAUCAUAGAUGAAUAUAAAUGUCCUAUCCAUUCCAUAAACAUCUCUAAGUAAGAAUAAAAAUUAUUAGUGAUUUAUAAUUAAAAUAUACUUAUAAAGUGGAAUUUUGAAUAAAUUGAAAAAUAACAAAAAGAGAGAGCCUUAUGUAUUAAUACAGAUUCAAACCUAUUCAGUUUUAUUUAGAGCGAUUAAAUUAUCUAUUAAAAAGGAGACCAAUUGAAAAUUCUAAAUUUCGAAACAUAAGAAGAAGACAAAUUUGAGUUCAAUCUAGAAUCAGAAAUUAAGUAAAUAUCAUGUUCUGAAGAUGGUAAUCUAAUACUAUGUUUAAAAAACAGCUCUGACAGUUUGAUAUGUUUUUAAAAAAACAAUGAAAAUCUUUGGUCUUAAAAGUCUAUUAGUAUAGAGAAAACAGAUUAUAUUUCACUUUCUCCAGAUAAAAAAUUUUUAUUUUCAACAAAAUCAACGAUUGAUUAAAUGUCAUGGCUAGAGUAUGGCGAAAGAUGGAUAUUUAAAAACAAAAUUUACGACUUUUAAAAACUAUUUAAGGAGGAGAAAAAAAUACUGUGCGAACUUCAAAAAAUUUUUAAUAAUAUUUCGUCAUGUAGAAUUUUUAUGUCAUAUGAUUUAACUCUAAUUGCUGUAGUUAUAAAUGACAGAGAUAUUAAGCUCUUUGAUAUUAAUAAUUAAUAAAAUAUCAAAGAAUUCAAAACUAACAACCCUAUUUAUAUUUAAAUAUCUAGAGAUUUAAAAUAUUUGGCUUGUUUAGAUCCAGUUGAUGAAAAUAAAUUUGGCAAACUCAUUAUAGUAUGGGAUAUAAAUGAUCCAUCAAAAAGGAGACAACUAUUAAUGAAUGAAUGUUUGAUCAAAAUUUAUAUCUUUUCUUCAAAAAAUUCUAAUAAGAUCUAUGCCCUAUACCAAGAUCGAACUGUUAGAGAAUGGGAUAUUACAACAGAAUAGUCUUCCAUAAUAGUUACACUAUCUGAAAGUUUUGAUAUCAACAAUAGGUUUGUAUUUUCCUAAAACCUUAAAUUCUUGGCCUGUUUUAAUUAAACGAGUUUAUUUAUAUGGGAUUUUCAAAAUAAAGAGCAAUCCAUUUAGGAUUGUGAAAAAAAUAUUGAGAAUAUUUAUUAUUCUUAAAAUGAAGAUAUUUUUGCUGUUGCUAUGGAGGUCUAAGAAUUACGUAUACCUCCAAUACGUUAUAUAGAUGUCAUAUUAUUGAAAGGCGAAGACAAAUUUACAAUAACAUUGGAUUCAAGUUAUGUAUAUGAGGAUAAAGUAUCAUACAUUUGGUUCUCACAUGAUGAUUAACAUUUAGUUAUUUGUCUGAAUAUUUUUAUCUCCCUUUAUUAAAUAAAAUAAAAUUUAGAAUGUAAACGUUUGGGUUUUUGGACUAUAAAUCAAGAAAUAGAUAGGAUGUUUUUUAAUCCAAAAAAUAUGAAUGUAUUAAUGUAAUAAACUUCUAAAAAUGAUAUUGCUCUCAUUAUUUUAGACCCUACAAUUAUUAGGGAAGAUAGUUUUGGAGGUUAAAGUAAUAGAGAAUAUAUAUGUUGUUAUUCACCUGAUAGCAGAUAUUUAGCUAAUUUUUCCCCUCAUUUAAAAAUAUAUGAUUUAUGCAAUCUUUAAAAUUAGGUAAUGAAAGAUACUUAGGAUAAAUAUUAUGGUGGAUGGAUUUAAUUUUAAUCAAAAGAUGUGUUAGUUUUAUCCUCUCAAGAAUAAUUGUAAAUUUUAGGUAUUAAUAUGGAUAAAGAAAUACCAAUUCAAAUAAUUAACAAUUAUAAUUUCGAAUAUCCUAUAGAUUCAUUUACAUGCACUAAAAAUCAUAUUUUAAUAUAAUUUAAUUUAGAUAUCGAUGCAAAAAGAGUGUGUUUAUCUGAAUUUGGGAAUUUUCAAAAAAAUUUAUUCAAAGCAAUUUAUAACACUAGGGCACAACCCAUUUUGUCACAAAAGUCUUAGUACUUUUGUUUAUGCAAUUAUAAUAAAAUAUAAAUUCUAAACAUAUAACACUUAUAAUAAGAAAUAUGUUUUGAGGGAAAAAGAAAGUCAAGAGUACCUGAGAUAUUCUACUUAUCUGAUGAGAACCUGAUUAUAUUAUGUGAUUGGAAUUAAAUUUAAAUAUUAAAUUCUGUAAGUUUUAGAAUUAUUAGAUCAAUAGAAAUCAAAAAUUAUCUAGAUUAAAUUGAAUUUUCUAAGAUUUCAAAAUACUGGGUUUAGAGCUAUUUUCAUUCUUUUAAUGUACUCACUUUUGAUUAUAAUUAAUUUAAUCUCUCACACUUUUGGACUGAAGAUUUAAAAGAUGACGUCCUCAACUAUAUUACUUUAUCACCAAAGGGUGAUUUACUUUUAACAGGGCAGAAUAAUUCCAAAGAAAUCACAAAUUCAAUUACCCUAUGGAAAAUAGAGCAGCGUCAAAAACUCUGCACUAGUAAUAAAAUAAACGAUCGAAUAAAAAUUCUUAAAUUUUGUCCAGAUGGAGGUACUUUUGCGGCUGGCCUUGUAGAUGGAUCUAUUAAUUUAUACUCAAUUGAUAUAUCGAAGACGAAUUUCUUUAAAAAAUAAAAAUAAUAAUCCAAUCAGAAAUGUUAAAUAAUUUGUGUCAAAUCCUUUUCAAAAUAAUCUUUUUUGACUGCAGAAUUUUCCAUUUUAUAAUAAUCAUAAAUAGAAUCAGAAAAUAAGUCCAUUGUAGAAUUGUUUAACUAAAAAGGAGGACAAAAAUGA